AUGGCCUUUUCUGGCAAGUAUGAAGUGGAAAGUGAGGAAAACUAUGAUGAUUUUAUGAAGCGCAUUGGUCUCCCUGCUGAUGUAAUUGAAAAAGGAAGGAAUUACAAGAUCAUCACAGAGGUGAUGCAAAAUGGAGAUGAAUUCACCUGGUCCCAAAUUUACCCAGGAGGAAAGUCUAUGUCUAAUACAUUUGUUAUUGGCAAGGAAUCAGAAAUGGAGACAAUGGGUGGCAAAAAAUUUAAGGCAACGGUUAAAUUGGAAGGUGGGAAAGUGGUUGCAGACUUCCCCAACUAUCAUCACACUGCAGAGAUUGUUGGGGGCAAACUAAUAGAGACUUCUACAGUUGCUGGUGUAACCUUCAAGAGAAUCAGCAAGAGGGUGGCAUGA